AUGGCAGCAUCUCCAGCUUCUUCUGCAGCACCAACUGCACCUGCAGCCCCACGGUCUUCUUCGAAGCGCAAAAGCAGCGUUUUAGACCAGCCCUCUUAUGACCUCAAAAGCGCGUCUUACUUUCCCCCUCUCUCUCCCGCCCAGCAAGCCAGUCUAAAUGCAAUCCUCCAAGGCAAAUCAGUCUUCCUCACUGGCGCUGCCGGUAGUGGUAAGAGUUAUCUGCUCACAUGCGCCAUCGACGCCUUACGCGCCCUUCAUGGCCGAGGGAAAGUAGCCGUAACGGCAACGACUGGUGUGGCAGCUACCCAAUUAUCGGGCACUACAACACACAGCUGGUCCGGCAUCACCAACUCGAGUCUUUCAGUCGCCGGUCUCGUCGUCAGCAUCAAGAUGGACAAGGCGAAACUGGCCAAGUGGACGGCUACGCGCGUGCUCGUAGUGGACGAGGUGAGCAUGCUCGAUGGACUAUUCCUCGACAAGCUCAACCAAGUUGCCAAGCGGGUGCGCAGACGUGACGAGCCAUUUGGCGGUAUACAGUUGGUGUUGUGUGGCGACUUCUACCAGCUGCCGCCAGUGGCUGCUGGGAACAGCCGGCGUAUUUUCGCUUUCGAGGGCAAGGCGUGGCAUGAGUGCGGUCUUAUCACCCUCUCUCUCCCAUCCUCCUUCAGACAGGCGGGCGACGAGGCGUUUCAGAAUAUUCUCAUCGAGGCUCGUACUGGCAAGCUGAGCGAUGCGAGUGUACUGGCGCUGUAUGCCGUUCAGAGAAAACCUCCUGCUAGAAAACCCCUUCAGCCGCUGCAGGUGUUCGCUAGGAGGGCGCACGUCGACGCCGCUAACCGCAGACAGCUCAAUAAUCUCAACAAACCAAUACAUUACUUCAGCGCAAAAGACAAGCUAGUGAAACAGGGUGCAGUCAGGAAUGUAAAAAUGGCACUCAACGCGGCUAUGCCUAUUCCAGAACAAGUCGAAUUGGCAGCAGGUGCGCAAGUCAUGCUCGUCAAGAACCUAGACACAGGUAGGGGAUUAGUAAAUGGCGCAGUCGGGGUGGCUGUGUCGGUGGGUACAUACACCAAGCUCAGCGAGGAGAAAGAAGACAAUGAGAAUGAGAAUGGAGAUGGAGAUGGAAAUGAAUGGAUGAUAAUCCCUUCACUCACGUCCUCCAGAGGGCGCAAAGUGGUGUACAAACCGAUGAGCGAUUCCACACAAACCAAACAAGGCAAACAAGGUAAAGUAGGCGUGCUGGUGCAAUUCAAUAACGGAUUGCGCGGGCUAGUCGAGUCCGUGAAGCAGGAGAUGGAGGAUGACGUCGGCGAUACACUCGCUACUCGCUUUCAAAUCCCACUCGUAUUGGCUUGGGCGACGACCAUACACAAAUCGCAGGGGUAA